UUACGUAGGUUUGUUGUGCAUCGCCUAAAAUGGCAAAAUCGCCGAUUCGAGCGAGUGCUGAGUAAGACAGGCUAACUUUGUGUUUGUGUGUGUGUGUCAGUUUAUCGGCUAGCAAUACUUUUGUUUGCAAGCAAAUCAACGUCCAAAGCGAAAUCCGCUGCGCGCUCACUAUAAAUAAAUAACAUGUGCAUUGGGGCGCAAGCCGAGUGAAUAGCCUUGCGAAAACUGACCGAUGUAACUGGAGGAAGUGGCGAUUUACCUGAUCUUGUUUUGUGUUAACGUUGACCCACAGACACACAGAAAAAAAAUGAAGACCAUACGGUAGUGCCUGGGAGUCAUAGAUCACGGCUGAGCAGAAUACACAAAAAGUUUGUCUGUGCGUGCGUGAUUGCAAACAAAUACGGUACAGAUCCGAAUUUUUCGGAAUAGGACAACAAAACAAGUUCAAUUCAAAACCUUCGUGAAUGUGUUGAAUCAUCCCCACGAGCGUUAACUGAGUAAUGGAAAUCACAGAUGAAUAGACGAGAAGUUGUGAUGACCAAUUACAAAUGCCGACAACAUGUUUGAAAUUCAGUGAAGUCCACGGUCAUGGAAAAUUUUCCGUGGUGUUAUCUACGACGAAAUGGAAAAUAGUGAAAUUGAAUCGUAUUAAAAAUUCUUCUAAUUGGAUCCAAACUUAAAAUAUGCCAACCCAUCAAACGUAGCGAAUCGGAUUGAAUAUAUUAUUAUUGCUUUGUUGCCUCAAACCCCGGGCUAUCCUCAAGCCUUGAACAGUACAGAGUAUGACACACUUCGUUUGGGUUGUCAAGAAAAAAGGUACAUAACAGUGUAAAGCCAGAACAGUGACCCAAUGACUCAUGCGUUAUAACGAUCGGCUGAACUCAAUCACCGGAUACGAUGGCAAAAUAGUGCAGCCAACUGAUGGAAGACAACACACGAGUGGUUCGGUGUGUAUCAACACCGAAAGUGGUCACAGGAAAGCGCUCCGAAUGUGUGGCGGAGACAGACAUGAAGGUCUAAGCCGCCUAUACCAGUUUCACAUGGGACUGGUGCAUUAGAACUAGUUCAGCUAGCGCGAAAGCAACAUAUACUGCAAACCAAACCAGAUCGAUACCCGGCCCCAGGAUGGUGUUAUCAUACUACAGAUACUUUGAUAACGUCUGAAACGCGCAUACGAGCGUUGUUGCAUCUGGUUUAUAUAAAGUCGUCCUACACUGACUAGCGGUCUCGCCGUCAGAAUGAGUCAACGAGCAUCGAGUGCCCCAAUCGGAGGUAACAAACAGCAGCAAAAAUCUACGAUCGUAGCGGCAACAUCUGCUAACACAAUAGCUGCGGUGACAACAGUAGCAAAUAGUAAAAUUGCUGCGCCCGUAGCACCGAAGACCGUUGACAAAGAUGCCCCCACUGGUGGUAAUAAAGAUCGUGGCAAACUUUCGUUGACUGCCCGAUCGUUGAAUUUUGAUGAUCCCGCUUUGGAAAAGGUGACUUUGAGCGCGCCGGAAUCUGUCGAAAAGAAGGAUGAUUCGAAGCUGAAGAAGAAGGAUGUGAAGGAUGAGGGUAAAACUAAAACCAUUUCAAAUAUUCCGACGAAACCAUCUGUGGUGAAAAAGGAUGAUUCUAAAACGCAAACGGCUACAGUUGUACCAUCCUCCGGUGAGCUUCCGGGAUCAUCAGGUGCGAUCUCUAAUCCAGCGGUGGUUUCUGCUUCAAAACCACCUCACAGUUGCAGUGCGAAACAGACGCUAGAGGCCGAAACGAAGCCACAUGGCAGUCCAUCUAAAGGCAGUUUGAAGAAACUCCACCAGCAGUCGAUCAGAAAUGAAGAGCCAUCCAAACCAACCCUCCUGAAAUCAUCUUCUGUUCCCAGUUCAGCACAGAUGAUCACAACGAAGCCUAAUGCGGCUGCAACUUCCACCUCAUCUCAUUCGAUCAAUCAAAUAGCAGCUCCGGUCAUCACCACGGCUGCGGCUUCACCCACAGCAACAAGCGCCCCACCAGCAUCCGUAGUGCUGCGUCCAUCCUCCGGGUCGAGUCUUCAAAAAUCUGCUUCGUACCGCAAAUCAUCCUACAAACCACAGCACUCCCAUUCCCUCCGAUACUCGGGGAGUGGUAGCGAUAUCUCGAACUUGGUACGUGUGCGCAAUUCAACGCUAGGAAAUUCCGCCCCAACACUGUCGAUUACCUCGAAGGACGGCAGUUUCAGCCAGCGUCGAGCAACGGCCUCUUCGACCGCCCGAAGCGCAGCGGUCGCACGACACCGUCUAAGUUUCGUUGCCAAUAUAUCACCCAGAUCUCACUCACCCAUUCCUGCUAGCCCGAUCGAUAGCCCACGCAUCAACUCACCGAACAUCAUCCACUUUCCGUUUGUGCCGAUCAAACGUAUUACGAACAAAAACAGCGACAGCCGUCGUUGGUCCGUGGCGUCGCUGCCCAGCUCCGGAUACGUGACCACUCCAGGAAGUUCGAACAUUUCCUCGCAGUGUUCGAGUCAGGAAAAACUGCACCAAUUUCCUCCGGUGCCAACGAAUGACGAUCUCCGGCUGUUAUCGUUGCACUUUUCCAGCAACGAUAGCAACCCUGGAAUAGAAGGUCGCAAUCCAAACCAUCACCACGGCUUCCACCACAAUCCCCAUCACCACCACCAUCUGCACCAUUAUUCCCACCAGCACAGUGGAAGCGGUUUCAACCCUCCAGUGUCUCCCCUCACGCCACAGUAUCAGCAUUCCCACCAUCAGCAGCAGCAGCAGCAGCAACCGCUAAGCCUGCAGUCGCAUCCAACCCACUGCAAUAGUCCCCAUUCGGUGAAAUCCGGCGGCAGCAGCUGCAGAGAUGAACUCAACAAUCCCUGCGGUUGUCGCUCUCCGAUACAUCGGCCAAGAUCUCGCAGUCUCAGCAGCCCUUCCCACUCACCGAUCACCGACAAUGAGAUUUCGUUGAUGAACACCUUCUACAAGGAGCGCUUCCCGAAGGCCACCCAACAGAUGGAAGAGCGGCUGUCGCACUUCAUCACCGAAAAUAAAAACAUUAUCAACGACAGCGCACGCAUCUCGCAGCCCAUUGUCCGCUUCGUUCACCACCAAGUGCUCGAGAUGGCACGCGACUGUCUGCAUAAAUCCCACGCGAAGCUCAUCACGUCCCGGUACUUCUACGAGAUGAACGAAAACCUCGAACGACUGCUGAUGGAAACCAAGGAAAAAUCACCCGAAGCGGCUCCGGAAAUCACCGGGGUCAUCAAGAAGCUUCUGCUCAUCAUCUCGCGACCCGCCCGGCUGCUGGAGUGUUUGGAGUUCGACCCGGAGGAGUUCUACCGGCUGCUGGAGGUGGCCGAAGGCCAAGCGAAGGUCACGCAAGGGAUCAAAGCGGACAUCCCGCAGUACAUCAUCACGAAGCUGGGUCUGAACCGGGAUCCGAUUGCCGAGCUGCAGGAGGAACUGAACGAAUCGGCCUCGUUGAAUACAUCAGCGUCCAUGAACAUUAGCUGUGAUUUGCUGGAGAAUAAUAACUCCUUUUCGCCGAAUCAAUCCCCGAAUCAGUCGUUCAGUGGGGGGAAGGGGGCCCUCAAUCGGAGCGGAUCGCUGGCAUGUUCCACGCCGAAAGGGUCGUUGAACAGCAGCAUCAACACGGUGAACAGUAAUCAAUCGAACAAUAACACCCUCGCCAAUACCACCAGUAAUAACAACAUCAACAACAACAAUAGUGCGGGAGGAGCAGGAGGGAAUAAAAAUUUUAAACUACGCGCUGCCAACGCCAUUCCCAACGAGAAGGAUUACGACAUACUAAAGCUGAUCUCAAACGGAGCCUACGGAGCGGUAUACCUGGUGAAGCACAAACAAACGAGACAACGAUUCGCGAUGAAGAAGAUUAACAAAAACAGUUUGAUGCUGCGCAACCAGGUGGAGCAAGUGUUUGCCGAGCGGGACAUUCUGAGCUUCGCGGAUAAUCCCUUCGUUGUGAGUAUGUACUGUUCGUUCGAGACGAAGAAACACCUGUGCCUGGUGAUGGAAUACGUGGAGGGGGGUGACUGCGCAACGCUGCUGAAAAACAUCGGUCCGCUUCCGUCGGAUAUGGCUCGGUUUUACUUCGCCGAGACGGUGCUGGCGGUGGAAUAUCUGCACAGCUACGGGAUCGUUCAUCGGGAUCUGAAGCCGGACAAUCUGCUGAUAACGGCGCUGGGUCAUAUCAAGCUGACCGAUUUCGGGCUGUCCAAGAUGGGGCUGAUGUCGCUGGCCACGAAUUUGUACGAGGGGUACUUGGAUAGCGAAACGAGACAGUUCUCCGAUAAGCAGGUAUUCGGAACGCCGGAGUAUAUUGCGCCGGAAGUUAUUCUGAGACAGGGUUACGGGAAACCGGUGGAUUGGUGGUCCAUGGGGAUUAUACUGUAUGAGUUUAUGAUUGGUUGUGUGCCGUUUUUCGGAGAAACACCGGAGGAACUGUUUGCCCAUACCGUGAAUGACGAUAUCGAAUGGCCGGACAACGAUGAUUGGCCCAUUCAAGAUGAGGCUAAAGAUUUGAUCACUGUGCUGCUGCAGCAGAACCCGCGGGAUCGACUUGGAACGGGGGGUGCGCAUGAAGUGAAAGAGCAUUGUUACUUCUACGGGCUGGAUUGGAAUAAUCUGCUGAGGCAGAAGGCCGAAUUUGUACCCCAGCUGGAUGACGACGAAGAUACCAGCUACUUCGAUACGCGCGUGGAUCGUUAUAAUCAUGAGAUUUGCGGCGAUGAUACCGAUGACAUGGAAGACUCGCCUCUGUUUGGUUCUUUCAGCUCAUACUCACCACAGUAUCGGAAGCAGCACAGUAUUACGGCAGCAGCGAGUAUCCCGGCUUCUGUGGUACCACAACAGCAAGAACAGCUUGCUUCACCACUCCCCGGGACGAAUCUAUCAUCGUCCCUUGCGAAGGAAAAACCCCAGCUACCAUCCCUUUUCGAGGACAGCUUCGACACGAAUCAACCCAAGCCAAUCAACGACAUCAGCAAGCUUAUUAUCACUCCCGAGCUCCGUAAGUUCAACAUUAAUCCCUCCAAAUACAAGAUGCCAUCAACACCCGAUCUGGAUUAUCUUCCAGAGCUGGCCACACCCGAUCGUGAAGAUUUCAUUAGUCACCUAAAUCUUCGUCCGCACGUGCAGCCAACCACGCCGGAGACCCCGGAAACCAACAAGCGAUUCAGUGACUUCUACCCGCUUUCCUCCCUGAAGCAACUCUCGACGCCGGAGUCUUCCCAAACCGAUAGCGAUGAUGUCUCUCCACAGAUCCAGCGCAAGCGUAAGAUCGUCCACAGCCGCGGGAUCCUACCGAAGUUCUCGAUAUCGAUCGAAGAUGACCAAAGUGGUCACGAAACGUCCUCCUCAACGCCCUCCCAGGUGGUUACCUCCUCGCCCUCCAGCUCGCUGAACAACGUGAACAACCCACGGCACAUCGUGAAAAGUGCUUCCGCGCUGGGACUCUCGCUGAUGACCUCGUCGGAUGAUUCCUCCACUGCGAUAGCGGCUAUCGGUGUUGCCGGCGGAGGAGGGGCCGCUGUGCUUCACAGCGUAACUGCGACCGCUUCGAAUCUGUCGUCAUCGUCUGGCUGCAGUACCGGCAUAACCUCUACGAUGCAUUCCGCCGGCAACUGCUCGAGCACUGCCAGCUCACGUGAUACCUCUCCAUGCAGGGAGCUCAGUCCUCUAGUCACUAAUCUUAAGCCACCACUAAUCAUACGGCGGGGACCUCGUGGGUUCGGUUUCACGGUGCACACCAUAAGGGUUUACUAUGGGGAUACCGAUUUCUACACCAUGCACCACCUGGUUAUGGCUGUGGACGAGGGAAGUCCUGCGUUCGAGGCUGGGCUGAGACCCGCAGACUUGAUAACCCACGUCAACGGGGAGGCGGUUCAAGGUUUGUAUCACACCCAGGUGUUACAGCUGUUGCUAAGCGGAGCGGAGUUGGUUAGCCUGCGGGCCACACCACUGGAGCACACCAGUAUUCAGAGCGGCGGCCGGAAACGCGAACCUUGGCAGAGCAAAUUCGCCAAGAAAAGCAGCCACAACCGACGGAAACAGAAAAAAGACAACGAGAAGAAACGAAAAACUUCGCUGUUCCGGAGGAUAAGCACCAAACGGGCCAGCGCUGAAAUGCAGCAAAUGGUUGCGGGAAUCCAAUCACCCACUUCGGUUCCACCAAGUAGAAGCUUCCAAUCAUUCACGCGAUUCCAAGGAAGUCAGCCUAAUCUGGCUAUCGCAGGAGGUGCGCUACAUUCAGCCAUUCAACCGAUUCCGGCGGCAUCUUUGUCCGCUUCUUCCGUUAAUAGGUUGAGUUUGUCGCCGUUGAACUCGCUCAACGCCUAUCAAUCGUCUCCAGCGUCCUCGCCAAGCACUUCGGCACCAAGCACACCAACCGGAACCCUCACAUACAACGACGGAGCUCCUCUCUACCAGCGACCAUCGACGCUACAUGUGCUGAAACACAAGCUCCACUCGUCGCCCUGUGCCAGCAGCAAGGCACUUCACACAACCACGUCAACUGGUCGCCCGAACCGGAGGAAAUCCGCCGACCAUAUGCCGCUAUCUCCGCUCGCUCGCACACCAAGUCCUUCGCCACUUCCAGCGUCCCCCACGCGGUCCUCCAGCCCGCUAGCAUUCGCGGUUGUGCAUCCGCUUGGCUCAUCAAACACCACUCAAUCGUACAGUCCCGGUGUGUUGCCGAACUCCACCAGCGUCCCGUUGCAACCAGUGCCCGGAAUCGUCACCAUCAGCGGAUCACCAACGCCACAAACCAAGAAAGGGUUCCCCCGAGCCAAAACCGCCGAACCCAGCUCUCCCUUGCUUCGCCGGGCCCUCUCCCCGGACCGGCUGCAUCCACGAAGUGCCGAAAGCAAGUGUGUUCUCUCACCGCUCUGCUGCAACACUCCGCUGAAAACACCCCGCCAGGUGACGGGAAUCUGGCGCUCGAAUCACAAUUCCACCAUCACCACGGCGACACCGCCCCCCUCGACCGGUGGCCCAGGCCCAGUAACAACGGCUCCCUCGCUCGUUUCACAGCAACCGAUGGCGACGGUGGCGACGGCAACAUCGGCUUCCGGGAACACGGGAACAUCGAUCACGUGCACCAACACGGUGGCAUCGAGGGCAAUUGUCGUCACAUCGGUACCGCUGACCGUUGCCACCGCGAGCACAACAACGGUUGCGACCGCAGCAACUUCCACCGGGAAACCGAAACAGCAGCUGCUGCCGGCCAUGGUGGACAAGAUGAGUAUCAAAGAGGAUGGUGGUCACUCGAAAUGAAUCACUCUGUUAACAUGAUCGUUAUUAUAUAUAUUUUGUUCCGAAAUUGUUUGCUCGUAUUAGUUGUUUUCGUUUUAAGGUAUGCGAUCAAACGCAAAAAAUCAAUUAUUUUAAAUUAAUUCCGUGAUACUCUGAUAGUGAGAAAUGAUAAUGUAACACACACACACGGGAGAGAGACGCGUGUAUUCGAAUAAUGUAAAGCUGAGGCAAAAGACGCCUCUAUUAAAUAGAAGGAAAGAAAGGAUAAGUUAACGACAAUUGAAACUGUAACGUUCAGCCGCGCGCGCGAACAGUAGUGAUUCACGCUUAGAGAAUAGAAGCCGCUUGGUUCGAGGAGGAACCAGCAUGGAACCAUAAAUUAAACACUGAGCGUUUUAGUCUAGCUACACCGAAAUUAUAAACGUAUUCGUAUACAUUAAAGUACUACUCUGUCGAGCGAGCGAUUAAGAGAGUGGCGAUUUUUGAGGAGUUAUAGAAGCAUGAAGUAAAAAUGAAGAGAAGGAUUUAAAUUUGUGUGAUAUUUUGAAGAAAAAUAAAACUAUUGUAAGAUGUAUAAAUUAAUGCAUAAUGAUCAUAACAAACAACAACUAGAGAGAUAACGAAGCACGAGUAAAGCAAAUAAUAUAUAGAUUAGCAGCAGCAGCAGCAACCACACAGCGGAUAAUUUAUGGUCGCGCCUCAGAACAUAAGUACGAUACAAGCAAGUAGCGAAUGGUGAGAAUUCGUUUUGGGUUGCAAUUGGCUAUUGGAAAAAUGAGCAAGGUCUUAUAGAAGGGGUGACUGGAAACGGAAGAAGAAUGGCUUUCGGAUAGCAGAUCAACAUGACGAAUAGUUUAAGCCUUUUUUUGUUUUAGGAGUAUCUAUGAUCUCCUUGCAAAUACGACGAACACUUAAAAUAAUUGGUUUUCUUGUAAUUUGUACUGUAUUGCAUGCAAAUUCGGUACACUGAAAAUCUCGAAUAAUUGAACGAACGAAUCACUGAUCUGGCUAGUUUUGAGAGUUCCAAUUCCUCUUAAUCUAUUUGAACCUUGUCUCAACACGAGAAAAUUCGAUAAUUACUUUGCAGCCAAUCCAAUGAAGAUAUGGACGAAUCUUCAUGUCAAUCAUUGGCAGAAAUGUCUCAGAUUGCAGUGAAACUUUGUGGGUGCGAGAAGUCAAUGGCCAUUUCAGCAACUUUUUUUACUAUUAUUAAAUUCAUCCGACUAGUAUGUCUCUAGCUUGAGCUUGGGUAGACUGUACAAUUCGUAGUUGCUCUCCGUGAUUGACCUGAACCAACCAAAUUGCACAAAGAACACACAGAAUGACGCUUGGGACUAGCAAAUCAUUCUCGUUGUGCAAUUUUCGGUGAUUCGAGCUUUAAAUGGCCAAUAACGACGCCGGCCACGUCCUUACAGUCACCAGGGGAAGCGAAGGAAUGUUAGUAUGAUAUUCGCCGCCCGAAGACCAGAAGGGUCGCCUCUAUAGCGUGGUUCCCUAGCGUUUUUCAUGGAAGAGAUAGUUGUUAGUGGGAAUGGAUAAGAAAAAUCAGGAUUCACUGCGGUAAGUGAUAUGAUUCUGAAAACGUGACCUGUGAAACCAACAAGACGGGCGAUAUAUUUCGUUAAUCAUCGCGUGUACUCUGUAUUGAACUCUAAUUAGGAUGGUGGAGAGUAAUGUUUCAGAAACCUGAGAAGGUAACCGAGAGAACUACACGGAUAUAGAACCUCUAAUCUGAGUUUAUGAACUCAAUCUAGUGUCUGGAAUUAAAAACCUAGAAACCAAAAAUUAAUGCUUUUAGCUACAUUUCUACACAAAACAUCUACAAAAUUGUAGUGUACAAAAUACAACUAUCACAUUGAUUUUUCCGAAGUCUGACAGAGAAAUUCCGCAAACAAAAUUUUGAAUGAGGAUAUUAUUCAUUAACUCAUAUCAGCAUCAUAUUCAUUUUGACGUGGGACUACGUCUAACCGGAAUAUAUGGAGGGUAAAAUGAAAACCUAAACACAGAACAUACAGGAAAAAAUGAAAGAUUUCGAAUGCUUAUAGCUCGAACAUUUCGUACUGGAUAGGAGAGAUGUUUGCAUCAAUUGAUAGGGAAUAUUUCUACGCAUCUAUCGCAACUAACAAAAUGUUGUUUUUAAUUAGAUAAACAAAUGAAUAACUGUAAAAUAUUAGGCGUUAUCUAAACGCCCUAACUGCAUCGUUUUGAUUGGCCCGAUUUACAGUUUCCCUAACACAGCCUUCAAAACCAAGCAGCCUUGGGGAAAUCGGCAUUGCAAAUACAUGUAAGUAGGGGGAGCUUUUGUUCUCAUCGAAAAAUGUUCCCUAACACAGACUUUAAAACCAAGUAGCGAAAUCGGCAUUGCAAACACACGAAAGUAGGGGGAGCUUUUGUUCCCACCGAAAUGUGUUCCCUAAUAGAGAUUUCUAAACCAAGGUGCCUGGAGAAAUCGGUAUUUCAAAUUAUGCAAGUCGGGGGUAUUUUUAUUCCGACUGGAAUGUGUUUCCCUAACACAGACUUCAAAUCCAUGGAGCGUGGGGAAAUCGGCAUUGCGAAUUCAUGCAAAUCGGGGGUAUUUUUGUUCCGAUUGAAAUGUGUUUCCCUAACACAGACUUCAAAACCGAGGUUUCUGGGGAAAUCGGCUCUGCAAAUAAAUGCAAACUGCGAGUACUUUUGUCCUCGCUUGCCUUUGUGCAGAGUGGAAUAUGUCUGUCCUAACAUGAUCUUCUAAACUUAGGAACCUGGGAAAAUCGUGCAGACACUAGAAGCGAAUGAACUUCCCAGUUUCGAGCAAAUUCGAGAUUCGAGAAGUAUGUACACUUUUGGGAUGUAAACUUCAGAGGGAAUUAUUAGUCAGUUAGAUUAGUCAGUUGCACAUCCGACGUCUUAUCUGAAGGAAUAUACACUGCACCAAUGACAAGCUUACAUGCGUCUCGGUGUUUGAUUAACCAGAGGUGAUUAAUGAGGUGACCGUGUCCGCUUUUAACAACAUCAAACGACGUUCUUGAAUGUUGUAGUUCAGACAGUUCAGUUCAUGUUUUUAUGGGACUUUGACCAUUCGAUGUUGUAUCAUCCACCCUUCUCUUUAUAUAUACAGCGCGCUUCGAUGCAACGUGAUUCUUUGAGUGGCGCGAGAACGGGCAUAGCAACAACAUUCCGAGAAGCCAUGUAAGCUUACUCUCGAAUUGAAUGGCAUGGAGGAAUGAUGCCUGUUGCAUUAGAAAGCAUGUACGAGUAAAAUCGACCUUUCUUAUUCGUUACAUUACACAUUUUCACUACAUAUGUCUCGAACAAAAACAUGGGUAGGAUAUUUUUUCUUGAUUUGUGCAUUCGGAAUCAAAAUCCAUCCAUUAAACUAAUGUUUUACUUGUAACAAUCUGGUGUGUAAAUUAUCGCGAUUGACAUGUUCUCCAACCUUUUUUCUAUUACAAAGACAUGUCAUGUUUUGACGUAGGGCUACGUAUAACAGAAAUACAUGGGGGGUAAAAUGAAAAUCUGAACACCUACAUGUUCAUUGCUCAGAUAUUCAUUUUACCUCCGAACAUUUCUUAAUAGAUCGCAGAGUUGUUUGCAUCAAUUGAUAGGAAAUAUUUCUACGCAUCCAUCACAAUGAAUAAAAUUUGAUUUUUCUUCAACUAAACAAUUGAUUGUGAAAGUCAAGUGUUAUCUAAACGCGAUUGGCCCAUUGGCGAUCGAUUAAUUUGAUUGACCCGAUUUGUGCUCCUCAUAUUGUACCGACAUGAAGAAGCAAUCAGAAUAACAGUGGAAUACUGUUUUCCCAAAACAGACUCUACCAAGGAACAUGGGGAAACACAUUCAAAUCACUUACACCCCUUUCAUUCUAAGCCCCUCAAAUACUCGCAAGCUGCGGUUACUUUUCUACUCGCUUGCAUUCGGGCAUAUUGGAAUGUAUUUCCCCAACUUCAAAACCAAGAGCCUGGAUAAAUCGUCAUUACAGUUACUAGAGGCGAAUAAACUUUCAAGUUAGAAACCUCUAUAGUACAAAAAAUUGAAGCUGAAGUUAUUGAUUCAUGCAAACCGGGGUAUGAUACAAAAUCAGUAUGAAUUUUUGUACUGCGGAAUGUGUUUUCCUAAUACGGACCACAAAAGCGGACACGAACACAAAGCGCAUUUAAUCAAUAAUCAGUACAAACUAAUCAUCACUAAGCCAACGGUAGUCCUACCUCAACCUCAUAUCAUAGAUACAACUGGCCCAUUUUUUUUCUUUCGAUUUUUAAAAAUACUUUUUAUAAUAAUUUUGUUUUAAAAUUUGUUUGACAUUUUUCAAUGAAAAUUUGAACAAUUUCUUACAUAUCAUUCUUUGACCAAAAUAUUGUUGAUCUCAUAGUUUUUGAGUUAGAUUUUUUGUAAAAAAAUAAUAAAAAAUCUGAGCCCUUUCGAAAAAUCGUCUAUACUUUUUUGUUUUCAAUUUCAAGUAUUCAAAGUUGCUCAAAUGGUCAAUGUUUUUACAUUCACAAAGUUUGACUGCUGAGUACCAUCUGAGAUGGUACUGUCAACUCCUGAGAUGAGUUGGCAUAAAAUUCGUCUAUAGUAUAGAAUGAUAUGCAACUUCAAGUGCAAUAGUCGGCGCUCGAAAGUCUAACACAAGUCAGAGCAGGACGACAACAGCCCAAAUAAAUUACCCAAAACACGUUCCACCUUAGGCCCAAACCAUAAACUAUGCUAGAUGUUGCUCAUACCACCCGUUAUCAUACGCUUAAGCGCCACUUGACCCUACAAUCACCAACACGCUCUGAGCAGCUCAAUAAUGUUUAGAAGACAACAUAGCAUCCAUCGCAGAAGAGGUAAAAUAUUUCCUGUUUCCGCCACUGAUUCCACAUCAUAAACCACACAAUAUAGAAGCAGGCUCCGCCAGAAACCGAAAACUCAUACCGCAACCCACCCGCCCGCAAGGAAAAGCAAAACAAAACAGCAAUAACGUAUUUUAUCUACCAAAACAAAUACAAAAAAGUGUACAGCUUAGAACUUCCAUACCGCACAAUGCUUCAGUUCCCCUUUGCAUACAUACAACGAGGAAAAUUCCAACCCGAUUGAAAUUUACCUAAUUUAGUUGAGCAUCUGAGAAAAACAGGCUAAAACUCAUUCGUCAUAGGAACCGGGUCACGAAGAGAGCAUGUAAGUUAUGCAAAACAGGGAAGCGUAAAUUGAGUAAUCAUCAUCCACAGAACCGUAAACGAGCCAUUCAAGGAAUAUAUACAAAGUGGUAGAAGCAAUCAUAUUAUUACUGAUUUCAGAAAGAACAACCAUUAAUUUAAUCAAAAUGCGUACCAGAUUAAUUAGACACGGAAACAAAUGACAUACAAACAUACAGAACCACACGAGUGGAUUCAUCUCACAGUGAAAUGUGAAGCGGCGGCGCAAUUGAAUGUAAAGGAUGUAUAUUAGCAGAACGAAAUGGUGAAGAGCAGUAUUUCGAAUAAUUUAUUGAUUAUUCAAGCUACUUUGAGCAAGAAUGUACAUUAAUUUGCAAACCGUUAUUAGAUCCUCCUCCCACCCUUUCUCUAACAUUCUUUGUGGAGGAAUGCGAAUGUUUAGCUUAACCCGAAAUGAGGUUUUUCUCGCCAUUGAAAAACGCUGAUGUAACUGUUUUAUUUCAAACAACACUUCGGCCACUUCUUCGGCGCACUCACCUUCGAAAUCGAAUAAUCGCGUCAGAGGUGAAAUUACGUUGCGUUUUUGUUUCUAGAAGGAGUUAAGAAUGGUUCAAAAGAACAGAAAUAAAGAAGUGUUAAUUUAUCGCAGACAAAUGGAAAGUAUGCCACAGCGCGAUGUUUUUUUCAUCUACUCAAGCCAAUGAUCAAUGUUCAUUUUUUCUUGCCGUCUCUGCAGGUAUUUGUAACAUUCGCGUUUGUUUACGCUGUAAAGAUCUGAACAAAAAUCCAAUUUAAACAAGUAAAAGUUAUUUAUUCGGAACACACUACUCAGCGCAGGAAAGAGCGGUUAGGUAGUCACACUCGUAGAUCCACGAAUUGAUUGUGAAAUUACACUCGCUCGUAACAGGUAAAUCAUAGAGUCUAAAUCUACUAUCGGUGUAGGGACGAGGAAGAGAGCUAAUUACCACAAUUACUUAUCGAUGUUGCUGUAGUGUAAUGGACACAUACACAAAAAUAGUGAAAAAAAUGGAAAUGUUAAUAAACAUGAUACUGAUAAAGUACCCCGUUUGAAUUGAA